AGAACACCCUGUGCUACAAAUGACAGCAUUUGUUAUCAUUCGUCGAAGUCCAUACAAUUUUCUGUGAACGUCGAUCAAAAAAACGCGCUAAAUACUUUUAUUUACAUUUUCUAUAAUUGUUAAUAAGUUCAAUUAAAUAAUGCCGAAAUCUAAGAAGUCACGAAAGAGCAAACGUAGCCAAGAUGAGCAACAAUCAGAUAGCAGUGAAAAUGAAUCAUGUAACUCUGUUACAGAAACACGACAUCACAAGCAAAAAAGUUCAAAACAUUCAAACAAGAAAAAUCGAUCUACUAAAGAUUCAGAUAGUGAUGAUUCAAGCAGCACCUCCUCUAGUUCUACAUCAGCAAGCGAGUUAUCAGAUGCUGCAACGCGUAAAACCAGCAAGCAGCACGCUAAAAGACAUGAAAAAAGUAGUAAACAACGUGUGCGUAAUGAUGAGGAGCAGGGGGAACGUAAGCAACGUCGACGCACGCAUAGUCGUGAGCGUGAAGAAAUAAGUAGCGGCGGUGAACCACAUGUUUCCAAAUGGGACAGUCCUGAACGGCGAAAUCGGCAACUGAGCAGAAGUAGAAGCCGGCAGAGGCAGCGACAAAGUAUGGAACGUGAAAGAAGUGAGCAACGCGAUGCGUUACGGUCGCACGGAGAACGUAAUGAUCGUGGUAAUCGUUCACGUAAUGAGUAUGGAGGAAGAGACCGCUUGCCGGAUAGACGUGACUAUAGAGAUCGUUAUGUGAAUAGAAACAGAGAGGAACGAUGGCGAGAUGAACGUGGGCAUCCAAAUGAGCGAUUUAACGAACGAAGAGGGCGUAGUCGCAGUCCACGUACUGAUAAAUCGCAAAAUAGAUCUCAGGGCAAUGAACGUUUUAAGCGUGAACCUAGAGAACACUCUAGACAGCGUAACUCACCAGUACGACGUGGUCGUACAAAUCGCAGAAACUCACGUGAAGAUGAUAGUAAAAACUACGAAUGGGGUGGUAAACGUGGUGAUGAUAAGCAUGACGAUACACAAACGAAAGAGGAACCCGUUGAAAAAGAGAAACCCAAUUUUGGACUAAGUGGCGCGUUAUUAGAAGAUACGAAUAAAGUCAAUGGCGUUGUUGUAAAAUAUGCCGAACCGCCAGAAGCACGUAAACCUAAACGACGUUGGCGCUUAUACCCCUUCAAAGGUGAAACUGCGCUGCCUACAUUACAUAUACAUAGACAAAGCUGCUUUUUGGUUGGACGUGAUCGAAAAGUAGCCGAUUUAGCUGUAGACCAUCCGAGUUGUUCAAAACAACAUGCGGCGCUACAAUAUCGACUCGUACCAUUCGAACGCGACGAUGGCUCACAGGGUAAACGUGUGAGACUAUAUCUUAUCGAUUUGGAAUCGGCGAAUGGCACAUUUUUGAACAACAAGAAAAUCGAGCCGCGGAAGUAUUACGAAUUAAUUGAAAAGGAUGUUGUAAAAUUUGGUUUUAGUACACGAGAAUAUGUAUUAUUGCAUGAGAACAGCAAAGAAGAUCAAGAAGAUGAUGAUGUAAUUGUCAAACCAGAGCCGGAAGAUGUGCCAGACGGACCAAAUCCUUGAUUGCAUUCAAUCGAUAUGACAAUCUGUGCCAGUAGCGGCAUAGGAGCACAGUUAUCAUUGCAUUAUGUUAAUAAAUAGGUUAUUUAAAGACGAUAGAAAUAACUGAGUACAAUUCUCAUAAUGUAAAUCUUUGAUUUGUCAUAUACAAAUGUAUAUUACACAUUUUUAUUAAAAUAAAUUUUGAACAAUUUAUUUGAUUCCAGCGAA